AUGAUGACGAGUCCGCACGUGGGUUGUAAGAAAAUCGCCAUAAGUGGCUACUCCGCGGAGGGGGGAAGAAGCGACGCCGGAAGCAGUGGGGGAAGGAACUCCGAAAGCAUCACCGAAAGCGGCGGAAUCGGCCGAAUCGGCGGCAUUAACCAUGUUAACCCCGUGUGCGCCGCUAACCGCCCUGGCGAAAGGGAGCCCGCGGCGCCCAACUGUCUGGGGGAACCCACCUCCAGUCCCACGCUGCACAGCACCUGCGGCGACCUCUCAGAUGAAGUCAUUUUAAAAAAAUACGAUCGAAUUUUAUUAAUCGAAAAGUACACCAAAUAUGACAAUUUGAAGAAGCAAGGAUUUAAGGACGAUUAUAUUUUGAGAAAUUUUUUUUCUAUUUACAUUUCUCACUUUACACAUACCCUCAUAGUAAAUAAUGUGAUUAACAUUUUGAGGACCAAGUACAGGUCGCACGUGUCGAUACUGAAGGCGUAUAAGCGGAACAUUGAGAACAUCUGCAUCAGUAGCUCCGGGAUUUUUUCCCCGGACGCGAUUUUCAGCGUGGGCGGAGACGGAACGUACCUCGAGUCCGCGCACAUCAUCGCGAACAAGUACAUCGUAGACGACAACUCCGGAGGGGAGAAGAAGCACAUUGAGCUGGUCGGAAUCAACAGCGACCCCAGGGGAUCUGAAGGGAAGCUCUGCCUGGAGUACUUCCAUGUAGACCCUGAAAAUGAAAUAAACUACACAUAUGAAUCAUUUGGAGAGUUCGAGCAAAUUUACAACAAAAAAAAAAAAAAAAAAAAUUUCAUCUUCACGGAUGUGUCCAAUUUUAUAAAAAAUCUCAAAGAGAGAGGGGAGAAGGCAAACGGGAUGAGGAGUGACCAUGGCGAUAAGCAUCAAAUGGGAGAGACUGACUUCAAAGAUGUGAAUGCGAUGGAGCGAAUCGCGCAGAAUGGCAGCUUGAGUUACGACGGUGAUGACGCAAAUGAGCGCAGCAGUGCGGUUGAGAAGGGGCCCGGGGGAGGGAACAGCCGCACGGUGAAGGCGGUCGAAGGGGAGGAGCUGCGGAGGAGCAGUCAAGCUGGAGAUGCGGGUGAUGCGGGUGAUGCGGGUGAUGCGGGUGAUGCGGGUGAUGCGGGUGAUGCGGGUGAUGCGGGUGAUGCGGGUGAUGCUUACCAAUAUGGCGAUGCUGACCAUGCUGGCCAUGCUGACCGUGCUGGCCACCGCCUCCCCCGCAACGACCCGCGCAGCUUCCUCCCCAUCAGCGCGGAGGAGUACGCCAGGAACACGCUCAAGUGCUUCUUCGAGACGAACAAGCAUCGGAAGUUGCACCGGAAGUACAUCACGGUGUACAUCAAAAGGUGCAACGAACAAGAGGGAAAAACAUACAGAAGCAUUAACGAGGUCUACAUAUACGAGGCAGUCAAAAAUAACAUCUGCACAUACAUAAAUAUAGAUAACAAAAUGGUAAAGAAGCUGAAGAGUACCGCUCUGUUGAUUACAAGUGGGACGGGGUCCACUGCAUGGGCAUAUAAUGUUAACAAAAUUGACAAAAAAAAAAUGAAAAAUAUUAUUGACGAAUUUGUACGUAUACAAAAUGAUGUGGUGAAGGAGAAUAUACAGCCCAUCAAUUAUGAUGCCUUUUCUGAGUACAUAAAUAAUUCCAUUUGCUUCCAUCCCAGUAGCAAACAUAUGAAGUGUAUUGUGAAAGAGCCCGUGGAGAAUAGCGUCUACGACUCUACCGACCAUGUGUACAAUUGCCAGUAUGUGAAUAUACGCACCUGCACGAGCAAUACCAUCGUGUACAUCGACGGCAUAUACAACAUUAAGAUUCAGCCCAACGACUCGGUCAUUCUGCACAUCAAGGAGGGCGACUUCAUCGUCACGUACAAGUAG